AUGAAAAGGACAAGGUGGAGCACGCUGCAAUGGCGUGACAUCCAAAGUCCUUCUUUAGAAGUCUUCCCUCGAGGCUGGUCCACCGAGGUCAUUUCUUCGGUUAUCAGCAUCACUGCCUUUCUCAUCAUUAUUGUCAUUUUGAGCCGUUACGAUCAACAGCCCAGCCCUAUCUUCCCCCUGGGGAGCAGCCUGGCCGCUCUUCUCGCGUUUUUAACAGCCAUCAGUCAGACAUGCUUCCUUCAGCCAGCUAUCCAAGGUGUCACGCAAAUGCAGUGGAACUGGGUUUUUGGUCGAUCUCGUUCACUGACAGAUUUUGACAAAUUCAAUGCUACCAAUAAAGGUUUAUGGGGGAUCAUUGUACUGCUUUUCAGUGUGAAGAGAAGACUCGUCGUUUUGUUAGCCGUUUUCUUCUUGGUGACAUCUGCUACCAUAUCGAUGGUCACGCUGGCCGUGCUCUCUCAUGACUUAAGAUAUGCCCCUGGCGCAGGCAAUGCUGCCGUGCUUCAAGCAGUAAACGACAAGAAUGACAAUAGUCAUAAUGUCAACGAUGCACUAGCCAUGAUGAUGAACGCGAUGUACACUCGUCCGGAUGCCACUUAUGAAUACGAUGCACCCGAAUGCACCACGGGAAACUGCAAAUAUCCAUCCUUUGGCUCUCUCGCAGUUUGCUCGAAAAGUCACGAUAUUACAGAUAGACUCUACACGAUGGUUACACCGCAAAAGUGGUGCUACCAGCAAGUAGAAGACAAAUGGGACUCGCGGACCUGGGGUCCCGAUAUCUGCAGCAACUACUCCUAUGCAGCACUCUCGCCUACCAUUUAUCUCGACUAUUUCGGUAGUGGUAUUCUCACGAAUACGUCGAAUGUCUGGCUCAACUCAAACGCCACAUGGGAGGGAGUCUUCUCAUUUGACCGUAAUGUUUUCGCGGAGAACGCUCUCAAUGCAGUCCACACUAUUUACCUGGACUCGUCAGAUUCGUCUUGGAGCAGUUACCUUGGUGGCUUGCCAGAUACAAGUCUAUAUCUCCAGCAUGCACAUGCUGUCGAGACUUUAUUCUAUCUCUGUGCACAAGAAUUCACCGUCUCCACGACCAACGGGACGACCAGUACGAACGUGACUUCGACUCUUGACUAUGUCACAGACAUUGAGUUCUUUGAGUCCAGUCCUGAUGGCUAUCACUACACUACGGAAUAUAACCGUAUCUUCACUUUGAACGGGCACGACUACAGCUAUGUUGUGGUAGACGAUAUUCUAGGCCAGAUGAUGAUGUCCUCGUUAGAAGGAAAAUACAACAAUAAUACCUAUGCCGGCAUGUCGUACAUGACGCCGUUCAGCUUCGCCACUGGAAACGUGCUGUACCACAACCCCAAAAUUAACGGAAACGUGGCUGCAAAAAGAGAUACACAAAUGCAUCAGGCCCUCGAGGCCAUGAUGAGCAACGUGGCGAAGGGCAUGACUAAUUGGCUUCGGUCAACUGGCUCUCCUGUGCAAGGGCAAGCUGAAAUUCUUACGGAAUUCGUUGUUGUUCGGUGGCACUUUUUAUUUCCUCUGGGCCUGCAGAUCACCCUGUCUGUUUGCUUCAUAGUGUGGGCUAUGGUUGUUUCAAAAGCCCAAAAACCCCGCAUUCUAAAAGACUCGCCUCUUACAACUUCGUUUCCAAUGACUGUGAGUGACAAGGCCUUCUUAGAAGAAGAACUGGCCAGGAAAGAUGAAGAGAAUAGUCAGAAAGGAGAAGACGUUGAGAAGUUGUCAAUCGAGAAAUUUGGCUUCGAAUGA